AUGUAUAAUCUGAGCUGCUACAAUCCCAGCUCCUUUAUCCUUAUGGGAAUACCUGGCCUGGACAAGUUCCACAUCUGGAUCGGGAUUCCCUUUUGUGUCAUCUACGUUUUGGCUAUUGUGGGCAACUUCAUCCUCCUCUAUCUCAUCGCAACCAAGCACAGCCUCCACGAACCCAUGUUUUUCUUCCCAGCUAUGCUGGCUACCACGGACCUCCUCCUGUCCACUGCCACAGUGCCCAAACUGCUCAGUAACCUCUGGCUGGGCUCCCAGGAAAUAACUUUCUCUGGCUGUCUCACUCAGAUGUUCUUCCUCCACUUCAGCUUUGUAGUGGACUCAGCCAUCCUGUUGGCCAUGGCAUUUGAUCGCUAUGUGGCCAUCUGCUUCCCCUUGAGAUACACUGCCAUCCUGACUCAGCAGGUGAUCAAGCUUAUGGUGAGCAUUGUCGUGAGGAGCUUCUCUGUCAUCUUGCCAGAUGUUUUUCUGCUGAAACGGUUACCCUUCUGUGGGACACGCAUGAUACUGCACACAUACUGUGAGCAUAUCGGGGUUGCUCGGCUUUCCUCUGCUGACAUCUCCAUCAACAUCUGGUAUGGAUUUUCUGUCCCUCUCAUGACUGUCAUCUCAGAUGUGAUCUUCAUUGCUGUUUCCUAUACCUUCAUCCUCCAUGCUGUCUUUCACUUCUCAUCCCAGGGUGCCCGCCAAAAGGCCCUCAGCACCUGUGGUUCCCAUGUCAGUGUCAUCCUCAUGUUUUACACACCUGCCUUUUUCUCCAUCCUUGCACAUCGCUUUGGACACAGUGUUCCUCGAAAUGUGCUUGUCUUAUUUGCCAACCUCUAUGUGACCAUCCUCCCUGCUCUAAAUCCUGUUAUCUAUGGAGUGAAGACCAAGCAGAUCCAGGACAAACUUGUUCUUCUCUUUUCUUUGAAGAGGACACGCUGA